AUGGCAAAGGAAUUCUACAAAAAGAACAUCUUUGAUCUUCUUCUGAUCAAAGAUACACAGGGAAACCCUUUGAGAUACGAACACAGUAUCAAAAAAGGUAUGGAGGGGGACGGGCGAAAGGCUUUGAGGCAGGCCUUGAGUAGCUAUGUACCAGAGCCGCUGAAACUGCCUUUCUUGUUGGCGCAACGGGAUCUGGAGCCUCUCGACUACAAUACCAUGAUACCUGGUGUUGUACAUUGCUUCGUGGACGAUUUUGUGGGCAAUAAACCCACAUUGUUGGCUUUUGCCAUAUUUGUAACACCAGAGAUGACGAAGGAAGCUGGUUUAUGGGACGGACCAGGAGGUUUGGUGGAGCUCCAGGAGUUUUUCACAAGACGGGAGGAGGCCAAAAAGAGGGAUAUAAACAGGGUUUUCACCUUCGGCGCUUCUCCCCAGGUGGGACACCAUACCAUCAGAAGGUCUCCGGAUAACAAGAAAGCAACACUUGAGACCCAUGCAAUGGCAAGCAAAGCAGCGUUGAUGGGAUUGGCCAUGCUCGAUAAAUUCCUCCCAGAAGAGCACCGACGGCGCAAGAUACUGGAAAGAAGAUGGACAACGAAUGCCAGUCUGACUAUGGCAGAUGAGAACAACUUUGAAUUCGCAGUCAUUCAAAUCAACAGAAGCGAGAUCUCUACAGGCUCCAACACGCUGUCUCAAUCUCUACCUGAAUUCGGCUCCCUUCAUCAUGAUAGUAGCGACGAAAAGCUCGGAUUUACAGUAAUGUACUCUCUAUCAAACUUCCCGGAAAGCUAUUUUCCUGGACGAUUCAACAUAACGGCACCUAGGAUCACAACAACACUUCCAGCGUUUUCUGUUCUUAUCUUUAAGGGAGUGUUGUCACAUUUCGCUACCGGUGAGGGCUUGUAUCCAAACCCAAAGUCUCCAAGGUACGAGCUUGAAAAGGGUCUCCAGUAUCCCAAAUUAUCCGACGACCAUCAUUUUAUGCGCCUCAAUAUUUUUUGUUACCCCAAGGGCCAAUUGCUGGAUCUGAAACCCAAAUUUGUGACUCCUCAAUUCAGGGAAGAUAUCCAAAAUGGUAAAGCUAUCACAAGCGUCUUUCGUACGAAAAGGAAUGCAAGAACAUGGGAGAUGAGGGUAGCCUUGCUGGAGGAAUUCGUGAAGAGCAAAACCACAGACCAUAUUGAUCCACUGGAGUGGUGCAAAAGAUUUGCCUGGAUCAACGAAAAUGGUGUUGAGGAAAUGCCUGAGUUGAAAAUUGCUCAGAACUUCAAAGUUUGGGCGCCUGAAGAUGCCAUUUUCAGGGAUGGUAAGGAGCCAGUCAUCCAGAGUAAGGAAUAUAGAGACGUUGAAGCAGGAAUAUGGAGAAACCUAUGCGGAUUACGAUUUCAGAGAGAAAAGAAAGAACGGGAAGAGGCGCAGGCAGAAGCGGACAGCCACAGAAAGGAAAAUGGCGAUAAGAAAAGGGUGAAUGGUACUAAUAAGGCAAAAAUAGGCAACAGAGUAAAUCCUGAAAUCAUCUGGACUCAUAAAGCGCACAGGGAGCUUCUGGAAGCUCCAUUCUCGCGCAGAGUUAAGAGAAAGAGAUAA